GAACUGUGCACAAAACAUGUCCGUCUGUUAGUGAAACACGCUUUUUGUGGUGCGUGUGUGUGUAUUAUAUAUUUGUAUGUUUAUUGUUUGAACAACGCGAAUGAAAGCGUCUUCCUGCUGCUGCUAAACGCAAUUUCCGAUUUCCCAUCGUCGUGUGGAUGCGUCUGACGUAUUAAACGCGGCAAAGACAGUUGCCGAACCUCAACCGACACCAACAAGCCGAUCGCACGAAAAGCGACGAACUGAUCUUCAGGUUUUACACUCGUAUCAAAGUGGAUAUCAUACGAUAUGUUCAAGGUGAGGACUGUAUCGCUGGGGAGAAUUUUAACGUUUUCGACAGCCGUCUUAUACCUCGGUUAUCUUUGGUACAAGCGCAAGAGAACUUUGUCACAUCGCCAGAGUGACAAGAAGAGACCUUGUUCUGAACUUUCAGAACUAACCAAGAUUGACGAUCUAGAAUUGUUUCAGGCAUUAGAAAAAGCCUCUCGUACAUUAGAGGUAUCAAAAACUGUGGAAGAAGAACAUAUUGAGAGUUCCGUUAUUUAUAAAGAUAUGGAGCCAACUGUUGAUCAGAUACAAGUAAAUGAGAAAGAAUCGUUUAUAGAUAACCAAGAAGAAGUGCAUGAAUUGGUUACUAAAGUUAAUACAAUGGCUAGUGAACAACAGGUAUGUUUAGAAUCUAUCACGAUAGAUUCUUUAACCGAAGAUUUAACUAAUUUGAAAUUAAGUACAGAAGAAGAAAAAGAAAAUGAAAUAGUUAUUAAUAUUGAUGAUUCUAAUAAUAUUCAUCAAAUAAUAGAACAUAAUGAGAAAGUAGAAAUAGAACACUCUAAAGAUAAAGCUUGUUGGACAGUAAUGGCCGAAAAAGAAGAUCACUGUGAAUGUCCUAAAGCUGUUCUUGUUAAAAAGGCAAAAAAAGAUGAAGAGCCUAUGAUAUUUGAAGGAAUUAAAUUUAAAGGAAAAAAGAAAAAAGGUAGAAAAAAGAAUCAAGCUAAAGAUACCAUCAAGCUUCCCUCCGAAUCAAACAACAAAAAUAAAACUAAUAGCAUUGUUAAAUCUAUAAAGAAAAACCAAAUUGUAGAAGAAGAUUGUGAUUCAGCGCAUAGUGUAGAUCAUAGUAUUGACACUAAUGAUGCACCAAAUACAAUUUAUUCAGAUAUUAGAAGUGUUGGUUCUCAAGACAGUGGCAAAGGUGGUAGUUCUUUUUCUGGAGAACUUCGCACAGUAUCAGAUUCUGAUGAGCAAACAAAUUAUGACUUUUUAGUUCCAAUUGAACUAGUGGGUCCUAUUAUUGGUAAAAAAGGAGCAUUUGUUAAAUAUAUUAAAGAAAAAAGCAAUGUUAGGCUUUUUGUCGAAAAUAAGACUGAAAGUCCAGAAGAUAAAUAUAAAAUGUGUACAUUAGUUGGAUCUGAAAUAAAUAUAAACAAAGCACUCAAGUUAAUUAGAACCAAGUUUCCUGAAAGAGCUUAUCCAGAGUUAACUUUAGAAUGCAUUUCUUCAAUGUUGGACGGUUCACCUGUUAUUUCUCAACUUUUUAAGUCGGAAUUAAUUGAAGGCGUUAAUAACCAUGUUAUCGUAACCGACUUAGUAGCUACAGAUCAUUUCUUUGUUCAUAAUGCAUCCAGUCCAGAUUAUGCAAUGCUUUCUUCUUUGAACUUUGCUAUGAACGAUACAUUUGGAAACAGCAAAGAAGAUAUUCCAGAAGUAGAUUUACGCACUGUUACCCAUGGUUCUGUAGUAGCCACCUUUAGUGAAGAUAAUUGGUACCGUGCACAAGUGAUUGAUGUAGAUGAAAAAAAAUAUGAAUCUGCAAACGUAUUCUUUUUGGAUUAUGGCGGUUGCAAAAAAAUUGAACAGUGUGAUAUGAGGCCAAUGCAUGACUCAUUAAUAGCAUUAAGUUUCCAAGCAAUCGAAUGUAGUUUAGCGAAUAUUGCUCCAGCUUAUGGUGAGUGGUGUGAAGAAUCCCUAAAAAUGUUUAAAACACUGACUACUGGCAAAAUGUUGUUUGCUCAAGUAGUUUACAAGUCUGAUAGUGUACAAUAUGUUAAUUUAUUAGCUUUUGAUGGCUUUGUGACUAUUUCUAUCAAUGAUGAACUGAUUAAGUAUGGAUAUGCCGUCUACGCUCCACCAAGUGGUAUUUACCGAAAUGAUAUAACACCCGAACUUAAUGAACCAACAUACGCACCUGCAUAGGUUACUUUCUCAUUUGUUUUUAAAGUUGCUUUUGUAUUUUCCUGACUGUUAUUGCGUUUUAUUUUAUUACUAUUUUUUUCCAUUCAUGACUCAAUAAUUUUUAUUCAAUUUUAAAUCUUUCAUUGAAAACCUGCUUUCAGGUAUAUUUUUUUUUUUUUUUUAAGUAAUGCACUCAUUUUUCUACACAAAUUGGUAUUUUUUUUUUAUUAUUUAUGAAAAGAUACAAACUAAAACAUGAUUUAUUUUUAUUAUGAAACAAAUUUUCUUUAGACUAUAGUAAUAAUUAAUUUAAUUAACAAUUAAUUCAUUCUUUAGUACAAAUACCAAACUUUUAAAACUAAUAUUUUAAAUCUUAAUAUGGUUGAAAUUACAAUAUAUUUUUAUUAAAAUACCAUUUGUUAUAAUAUUAAG